AUGGCGAGCGUCUCGGCACCUACCGUGGCCAUAAUGGCGCUGUUUGGUCCUGCGAUAUUUCCAGUAAUUGAUUUUCUUUUUCUUUUUUAUAUAGAUGUUAAGUAUGUGAUUCAGACGGAGAAAUUAUUGAAAGAGUCUGACAAGGAAGAUGGCCACAAAAAACCCAUUACAUCACUAUCAAAAUCUAACGACGGUUCACAUUUCAUCACUGGUUCGCUAGAUAAAUCUGCCAAGCUUUGGGACAUGAGAACUUUGACGCUCAUCAAGACCUAUGUAACUGAACGCCCAGUGAAUGCAGUUGCAAUGUCUCCACUUCUUGAUCAUGUGGUUCUUGGAGGUGGUCAGGACGCAUCAGCUGUCACCACCACAGAUCACCGUGCUGGAAAGUUUGAAGCCAAAUUCUACGACAAGAUCCUUCAAGAAGAAAUAGGUGGCGUCAAAGGCCACUUUGGACCGAUAAAUGCGUUGGCAUUUAAUCCUGAUGGAAAAAGUUUCUCGAGUGGGGGUGAAGAUGGAUAUGUGCGAUUGCAUCACUUUGAUCAAGAUUAUUUCAACAUCAAGGUUUAA